GGAGUCAUGGCUGAAAGGAGGAGAACCAGCUUCUCCGGUGUCUUGAUGACCGCCCUGCUGGCUGUGAUGCUGCUGCCUGCGUUCUUGUCUGCUGGACCAAUUGCGCAAAAGCCCAAAGGAGAUGCGGGGGAAAGUAUCCAGGAGAGGUCGGCGGCUGCAGCGUUGAACAGGAGGCUGAUCCGCAACCGCAGGAACAUCAGCUGGUACAAGCAGCACUCGGACUUCUGGGGCUGGUACAAGUUCUUCACCGACAACGGCAACCAGGAGGCAGUCCAGGAGAUGGAUCGCAUCUAUCUGGCUUAUCUCCAGAACAAGAACCGUGCUGAGGGACGUCGCUCUUACAAGGCCUACUUGCGCCACCUGGGGGAAAUCUACAAGUCCUGCGCUGACUCCGACGACCCAAACUGCGUGGCUUCCCAUACCACCAGGCCUAAACCAGAGCCCCCCAAGCCUGCACCGAUAAAAACCUGUGACCCCACCAAGGAGCCCUACUGCCUGUACAUGGCGUUGGUCCAGGGCAAGAGCCCCUACCUGCCCCUGGUGCUCCCAGCUGCCAUCCCCGCCCCGGCACCAGCCAAGGCUCCUGCCCCUCUGUACGUUCGCACUGCUGCUCCAGCCAAGGAGCCCAACUCGGGGUAUCUUUACUACGCUCCAUCCGCAGUGCCUUUCCUCUCCAAGGAGCAGAAGGCCGAGCUGCUGCGUAUCUGCUCCGCUGAUGAUGUGGAGUGUCUGCAGUACCAUCUUAGAGCUGCCUAUGGCUAUGGGCCCUCCGCCGGGCCUCUUCCUUCGUAUGCCCACCUCGGCUGCGACCCCAAGAAAGACCCCAACUGCAAACCCAAACUGGUGCAGAAAGCCCCUUCUGGUCUCUACCUGCAGUACCCCAACUGUGAUCCCCGGGAUCCUGCCUGUGCCUAUGCUGCCUCCCUUGCGCCCCGUGCUCCUAACCCCCCUGCCCCUGCUGGCCCUGGAUCCUGCAACCCUAUUUUUGAAGAAGGCUGCAACCCUCUUACUGCCACCAGGUUUUCUUCUCCCCCAGAGGCCUACAAAAACGGAGAAAAAGAGGAGGCCGCUGCUAUUCGCGUUGCUCCUCCUGCUGCUGAGCAGAACAAUGACCCCUAUGCCAUGUUUAGGGAUGCUUAUGCGGCAGCUGCCAUGCAUCGCCGUGGCCCUCCCACCCCCAGGCAGCAGUACCCGUUCUCUAAUCCCAAUUAUGAGGAGCCUCCCAGGGAGGAGCGCCACCCUCUGGGCCCCCCAGGUAAAACCAAGGAAGGCUACGACUGCUUCAUUGGCUACGACCGUGAAUGCUUCCCCGUGAAGCCAGCAGAGCCCCGCUCUGGAGUUCACCGCCGCAUCCCCUACCCUGCUGAGGCCUACGAGCCCCAUCUGAACGCUGACGGCAGCCGCAACGGAGUCCUGGAGCCUUCCAACCCACACUGUGACCCCGAGUACGACCGCGACUGCCGCCUGCGCCGCUACGAGCCUGAGCAGACCCACCCCGAGACCCAGCCCGAGCAUCACGCCGAGGAGGACCACAGCCAGGGAGCAGCAGGCAGCGAGCAGCAGGAACAGGAGCAGUACGAGACAGAGCCCUACCAGAGUGGCCAGGAGGAGCCUCUCAUGCCCUACCAGCCACUCUCACAGGGUAUGCCCAGCCUCCAGGACAUACUGAGGCGCUAUGGAGACCAGUUUCCUGAGCAGGAUGAUCAUAGAGCUUACGCAGACGACUACCGUAAGAAAUAAUUGCGCCAACACACAUGCAUGCAGAUGGACAUGAAUACACAGUCCCAUGCGUUCUUGCAGCUCAGCCCCUGAACGCCUUACGCAGCGAACAACCAGUUCUAACUGGACCAGAUGUGGGACACAGGUGAAAUUUAUGGACCCAAUGAGCGAGUACAUACACGUACAUCCAAACAUAGCUUCCUGCUGCAGGAACAUGCUCAGAAACGAUGCUGGAACACCCUCGGCUUCCCGCGCCUUCAGCUGCUUCGCCGUAUUGCUUUCUACUUUCCACCUCGACCCUCCUCCAUCCACUCCAACGUGUAGUGACUUCUCCAACCUCAGCUUUGCUUCUGUAUCUAUGCAUCUCACUUUUAAAAGUUCGUUUGUUGCUUUUUGUCAGUGGAUUUUAUGUAAAGAUUUUUUUCAUUUUGAAUGUUCUAAUAAAAAGCUCUA